GUACAAAAGGUUUAUCAGAGAGGGGCACAAGUAAAUUGGGUAGCAUCUACUUCACCUUAACGCAGGUGAUGUAAAACUAGCUUAAACCUGUGACCGGACUUGGUUUCUCAUCAUUAUCAUGGAAGAUCAGGACUCCGUGCGGGUUUGCAAGCAUUUUGCGCGCACUGGGAACUGCCGUUACGGCGCCACAUGCCGGUUUGCGCAUGUCGUUGUUGAGGGUUGUGAGAAGAAAGUUCCGGACGGACUAAAGAAUGGCUUUCAAGAAUUGGCUGGGGUUGCAUUGUCCGACAUCAAGGACACCGCGACUGAGCGUCAGCGGCGGCCUUGCGGGCGUCUUGUAACGAGGAAUGCGGGCAAGAGCCAUGUGCUACGGAGAUUCAUUCAUGAAAAAUUUAUCGGGCCUUUGAUUUCAUCAUCAUCUUCACAGCUGGACGAAAGAGAAAAAGAUCUGGACGCAGAAAAAAAGCAGAAAAGCAGGCGAAGAGGACUCCAGGUCUUAGACGUGGCAGGUGGCAAAGGGGAGCUUGGCUUCGAACUUCUACUGCUCAGUUUAAGGCAACCACUAAUCCAUCUCUAGGGGCGAUCCUUCUUCCGUAAGAAUCUCCCCAGGAAUGGAUCGGAGCCAGCUCUAAUCAAUCAUCUCGUGACCAAAGUAGUAAUUGUGGACCCUCGUCCAUUGGAUCUGAGGAAGUGUCGGCGCCGCUUCGACUUGUCCCUUUACACGCGCUCUGACUGGGCGCACGUUGACCUCAAAAAGCACGCUUCGUUUCAGCAAAGACAAGGAGUAAGAACUCGUGGCACCUUAGAUCAUGAAGGAAGGAGCCCGUCGCGCAGAAUCACCGAAAAUUGUGCUACAGCGAAAGACCAAGACCGCGUCGAAACACGAGAUAUAGAACACAAUGCGCGCCAAUUCUCAGACGUGGGAAAAACUCAAUCAGCAUGUUCGUCAGCUUCAUACAAUGGGCAUGAGGACGGCCGCCUACAAGAAACUGUGCAAAAGGUGCACUUCAGCGAUCUAUCCGAGCAACUCGAAAGCUGUCAGUUGCGCUGCCUGCUACGUCGAGAGCUGUGGGCGCCCCUACAAUGCCGUGGAGCAUCUGGAGUGGGAGAGGGCAGAGGAGGUGGCGUCGAUUUUUCCGUGACAAGGGACCAAGUCAAGAAUGAUUUUGCAGAGAAUUUGAAACUCUCAGCAGCGUGGGACUGGAAAAAGCACGACAGGGGACACGAAACGGAAACGCGGGGACGCUGGCAAUCGGUUAUAUUGGAUCGAAACGAAGGCGACUUGGAGGCAAUUGAUACGAAAAGCAUACCGUCGAGAGGAGAUUCGUUUAGUAUUUUUCGGAGGGGGAAGUGGUCUGAAAGUGUUGUGCCGCCAUACUUAGAAGAAACCGAUCAACCAGAACCAGAAGCGUUCGACGACGCGGGCGUGACGAAGAACAAGAAUCGCAUUCGUAGCCUCGCUGACAGCGUCGAAUCUCCCUUCUGCAAUUGUUGGAGGUCCGCUCCACUUUCACACUUCGACGAUACUAUCAAAGACAGCAUCGCCGCAGAUGGUUCGCUAUACUGCAGCCCCUCGGAGACGGAGGAGACCGAACAGUUUCAACAGGAGCGCGUGCACCCCUAUUCUGCAUCAGAGGACAGGCUUGCUUCACAUGUCAAAAGCGUAGACAGCAAACAGCCCGCACUGGCUUGGACAACACCUAUUUCCACUCCAAGCAGUCCCUGCGGCUCCGCAGUCACCCGUGCGCCGUCGUCGCCUAGCACAGGAAGUAGAAGCUCACGAGAACCGAGGGAAAGCUUAGUACAAGAGUGCGGUCACGUACUUCAUCGAGCCGAAGGGUCUCUAUCGCAUGAUGAAAUAGAAAACGAGGAGGGGGGACAGUAUCAAAUCGACGAGAGCAGCCGAUUUCUAGAUGUCGAAUGUGUAGAUGCGGACGAGAGCAGCAGACUUCUAGAUGCGUAUCGGAAGGUUAUAGCUAGGUCUGAUCUCGUCGUGGGCAUGCAUCCAGACCAAGCAGCAGAAGCCAUUGUGGAUCUGGCACUACACUAUAACAUUCCGUUUUUUGUAGUUCCUUGCUGCGUUUACGCAAAAGAAUUCCCAAAGCGGCAUCUUCUUGUAGACGACGUAGUGGACGAUGGAGAUGGGGAAGAACAAGAAGGCGGUCGGCUGGAAGAGGAUGCAGGAACAUCAACUUCACCUAGAAGUUGUUCAGUUCAAGAUAGUCGUAAUCGCUGGUCCGUCAUGGAAGUACAACAUCAAGAGGCUGUUACCAAUUUGACAUCGAUCCCUGCCAGUAAAGAGACAUCUUGUCAUCGUGUUUCCAUUACCCCACUACAGUCUUCAGUGACAACUACACUUAAAAACCCAAAUAUUCGUCCUCCAAAAAGAAAGAAAAAAGUGCAAGUGAAGAGCUACGCGCAGUUACUAGAUUACCUCCAGGCAAAGCAUCCCGCCAUUCGCCGCGAUGUCUUGGAGGGAAUUCAAGGAAAGAACAGCGUCUUAUGGAAAGUUUGAUAGGGUCCCAAGCGUAUCGUUUUUGUGCUGUCGUAGCAACUUGAACUUCCCUAGGAUGGUGUAUACCUACAAUUCGGUUGAUAACAAUUCCGAUUCCCAAGUAUUGCUGCCUGAGGUCGUUGAGACUGAAAAGGUUUCCGACGCCUUGCUCCCACGAGAAU